AUAUUCCCUUAAGAAAUGUGGAUCUAUUAAAAAAGCAAAUGGGUUGAUUGAAGAAAAUGAGGAAAAACGAAAAAAGCAGAGGAUUUCAUUGCUGUCCAUGAAUUAAUGUGGCCGAAUGACAUUUCAAGUGCUGCAUUGACAACACUGAAGGCAGGAAAAUGGAACAAGCCGUCUCCCCUUCCUCUUACAGAAGAUGUGUCCAAACUUCAAAAAUUUGUCAAGGAAAAAUUAAAGGAUCUAUCUGCCUCAUUGAGUGAUGGAAUUGAAAACUCAAACCCGGAAAGGAAUGUGUAUUCUCAACCCUCAGAAAUUACACUGAUCAAGCUUGUAAUGUUUAAUAGAAGGAGGGGUGGUGAAGCAGAGAGGCUAACUAUCGAGGCCUAUCAGCAAAAGAGUGGAAACAAUGCUCCCAUCAAGGAUAUUGAGGACUCCUUAACACCAGUCGAAAAGAAAAUGUGCUCUCUUUUCCAAAGGGUUGAAAUUCGUGGUAAGAAGGGUCGUAAGGUGCCAGUGCUGCUUACAAAAGACCUGAUAGAAGCGAUUGACUUGCUACUGAAAGCUAGGGAGAAAGUUGGAGUCAGCAAAGAUAACCCUUUCAUAUUUGCAAGGAUGAACUAUGGCUCGAACAAAGCAAUCCGUGCAUCAGAUGCAUUAAGGAAAUAUGCAAAAAUGAGUGGGGUAGAAAAGAUUGAAAAUAUAACCUCAACAAAACUGAGAAAGCACAUUGCAACUGUCAGUCAGAUCAUGAACUUAGGAAGCACAGAUUUGGAACAACUGGCAACAUUCAUGGGUCACGAUAUUGAAAUUCAUAGAUCAUUCUAUAGAUUGCCAGAAUCUACCAUCCAAGUGGCAAAGCUCGGGAAAUUUCUACUAGCUUUGGAUUCAGGAGACGUCAGUAAAUACAGUUCUUGCACUCUUGAUGAUGUCACUCUAAAUGACGAUGAUGUUGCUGUAGAUGAUGAAGAGGAUGGGGAAGAUAUGGAGGAAGCCUCAGAUUCAGAUCCUGGAGAUUCUGAUAGCUCGGAGCAAGUUGCAUCCGGAUCCAGUUCUACUACUCAAUCAAAGCCCAGUCAUUCCAUAUGGAAAGGUCGUCUCAUCUUAAAAGCUGAACAGAUUACGUGCUUGAAGCAAUUGUUUAAAGACAACAUUGUAAUGCGAAAAGAAUUAAAAUUGAAAGAUUGCACCAAUGCUAUUGCAAAAGAAUGUUUGAAUGGUUUAGAUUGGAAGAAAGUUUAGAACACUGUGCACAAUUGGAUAAUGAAUGAAAAGAAAAAAACAAAAGCAUUGAUCAAAAAGCAUUGAUCAAAUGGACCAAUGAUGUCACUGACUUUUUCAAAUGACAGUUCGUUGUCAAGUCACAGUUUGAGUUUGGGGUUGUGUGUAUUUUUCACUUGUUAACUUUUUCACAAAAUGAGCAUAUAUGAUCAGAGAUCAAAGCCAACAUCAUGAUUUACUUAAUAUUUUGAAAGAGUUCACAAAAAUACACAAAUUUACGAUGGGUAAUUUGCAAAUAAACAAAUACAAAGAAUCUUAAAUCUAAUUGAUUUUGAUUUGCUUGAUGCUUUGGCAAUGUUUAACACUUGUGAAAUGCACUUUUUUGGUAUUAAGUUAAUGUUUUGGCAAACUAGAUAUUUGUCGAGUUGUGUUUAAGCUUAAUGGAUUAAUCGUCAUUUUUAUCAAUGCAUGGUUGUCAGACUUACCAAAUCAGUGUAUGAACAUCUUUUAAUUCAGAUACUGAAUUAUAGUUAUGUGUUUCUUUCAAAAUGUUUUCAAAAGUUUUGUUUUCUACAAUAAUACAUCAAUAUGUUGAUAAUUUAUUACAAAAACUGAUAACAAUGGCAUGUUUUUGUGCUUGUUUUAGCCUUGAUCAAAUGGAGAUAUAUAAUGUUUUUGAAUUGUCCAUUUUCUAUUGCUUAAUGACUAAUGAAUCAACAAUUUCAGUCAUUGAGGGUCUUCUUUCCAUAAACGAUACUUGCUUAACUGCUAUUUCUUUAGGGGUUAACUUAAUGGGUCUUUACUAGUGCCCUUCAGUGUUGUGACUAAUAAGAAAAACAAAAAGGUCGUUGGAUGCCAUCUUGGAUAUUUAAUGAAUGUUUGUUAUUAGUAUUUCUCGGAAGACAGACUCGAUUUUUAGUACAAUUUUUGUAUGUUCUUAUUAAUCAGAGCUAUUUUUUUUUUACAUUUCACACAUUGGUUUCCAUUUUUCUUUAUUCUGCUGACAAAAAGAACAACAGGGAAACAAUCAAGAGGGCAUCAAGAUUUCCUGGUAUUUUGAUUUUUUGAUCAGUCGACUUGUUAUUAAGCAUAGAUAUCACAGUUUUUUUGUCAGUCUUGUCUUAUUUCUCUUGCACAUUUGAAAAAAUCUGUUCACUUUAAGGUUGAAAAUAAAAGCCCAUAGAAUGUUU